AUGAAGUUUGAUUCUACGGCCGCAGUUAGCCUGCUCCUCACGGUCGGCACCUCUGCGCGGUCAAUCAUCCACAGUGGUCAAGGCUUUGGAACCUACUACUACGAUAUCGACCAAAUCGAUAGCUGCGGUACUACGUUCGAGUACCAAAACCAAGGGGGAGUAAUGUGCAGCUCUGCGACCCUGCUCUCACUUGACCAGAUGGACACCAACUAUGUAGUUGCCAUGAACAACACCCAGCUAGGCACCGACCCAUCUAUGUACUGCGGUAAGAGAGUUGUUGUCUCCGUCAAUGGACAGCAGUCUGACUUGCAGCUCUUCAUUGGAGACGGCUGCCAGCGCUGUGGCCUCGGCUCUUCUAUCAGCGAUAUAUGGAAUGCAGAGGGUGCUCCGGGCCUUGAUUUCAGUUAUACCGUCCUAGACAAGUUGUCUGGUGGCAAUGCCUGUAACGCUGGCCACGUCGCCAUCUCAUGGAAAAUCCUUGACGAAACAAUAUAUGACUUUGACGGUAGCUUUUCAGGCUUUGUCUCGUUAUCCGAGCCAAAGCCUUCCUAUACUGCUGCUGGUGAGCCAUUAAUUCAGUGUCCAGCUCAGUCCGAGACCCCAACAACUAUGACCGUCGGCACAUCAUCUACUCAAGCUAAUGUGUACUCCACAGCAUGCUCAGAGAACGCAUGGCAAUGCAACGGUGCUGUUCUUGAGCAGUGCAUCGGAUCUAUCUGGACCCCUCGUAGUACAUGUACCUCUGGUUCCGAUUGUCAGGGCGGUUCUAAUCCCUACUGCAUCUGA